UGGUUCGCAUUUUGUCAUACGAGUUCGUUUAUUCCGUGUUUCAAACUGUGGAAAACUCAACAAUUAUAAAUUAGCUAUGGAUAUGAACAAGCGAAUUACCAACAUGGAUUCAAUUAUUAAUAAUAAUGAACGCAUAAUAAUGCAAAAGCAUUAGAAAACCAAAUAGGCAUAAAGAGUGAAUUAACAUAGUAAGAAUAAAGCGCCAAACCAAAAGCAAAAGUAAACGGCACAGUCAACUCUUCGUUAAAAUAAAUAACUCUUCGCAAUUGUCAAAUCAAAGUAAAGAGAGCGACGAAAAGAGAGCGCGCGAGCGCACUUUGCUUUUGUUUACACGCCCAUUUGUGCGUUUGAGUAGCAAUUGCAACUAUAACUAAAUUACGAAAGCAAAUAUUUACACAGACUUGGCAAACACAUCAAUUAAGUAAUUGAUAAAACAAAUUUCAACAGCAACGUUAAUACAACUAUUUAAGCGGCAUUGCAUCGCGGCAAAUUCCAACAACAGUUAAAGAGUUUGCGCAAAUGUAAAGAGAGCGCAGGCAAUUGCUAUUGCACUGAGAGGGCGCAAAUACACACAUAAAGAGGGCAAACAGGCUGGUCGAAAAUACACAACGCACACACACACACACACGAACAUAGAUUCGUCAACAAAUUUCGUUGACUGCUCCAAAGUCUCGUGCUUGCUCUGUGUGGCGCUGUGCCGCUGCCUUCCAGAUAGAAAUUGAGUCUCUCGCGUGACACAACGUGCGUCCAAACGAGCGGAAAGUUUUCCUCAGUGUGCGUGACGACUGUUUGAAGUUUGCUCUGUUUUUCUUUCUUUGCUUUUUGUUGCUCAUUCGCUUGAGCAGCAUCAGCAGUAGCAGCAGCAGCAGCAGUAAGUGCCGCCCCCCCACCGAAGCGGCAGUCGGUCAUUGAAAGCCAAAUUUUGCAUGUGUGAAAAUUUGCAAUGCAAAACUAUUUCGUCUAACCGUCAAAGUCAGAGGCAAAUCAACAUAAAAGUUUAAGAAAAAAACGUGCGCAAUAAACAAACAGUGACUUUUAAAUUUAAAAAACAACAAAUUAUAAAAAAAAAAAUAAAAAAUAAACGCUAACAGCCAAGCGAGUGUACAAUAUCGAUUUUUUUUGAGCAGCAACGCGCGUCGAUGACCUCGACGACAACGACAGCUACAACGGUAUAAAAGCAAAAGCUGCGCGACGCUAACGCUUUUGCCCAAAUCCAAUUGAGCCACGUUUUACAUAAUUGCCCAAGCGCAUAAAGCGACGAACGCAACAAAAACAAAAACAAAACCAAAACCAAAAACCAAACUAGCAAAAGCACAAAUUAUAACGGCGUCCGCAAACCGAGUGCAAGUGGAAAAACUUUUUGCGGCUGGCAGAAGAAGGCGAAAAAGUAGCACAACACUUCCAGAGAGCGGCCCAAGCAGCUGCAGUCGAAAAUCACAGAGACACAUGCUUAGAUAUCGGCUCGUCUCCACACACUUCCUAAAGCAGCCGUAGUCAGCCCACAGGCAACGCCAGCGGGAGAGGGAGAGCUACAGCGAACGAGUGUGAGAGCGAGUGAGCCAGCGUGCAGCAACAACUGCAGCCACAGAAGAAACAUAACAAGAGCGAGAGAGCGAACUGAGCGACAGACUGAGCGCGACGUCACUGGAAAGGCCGAUCGCAGGAUACGAAUACGAGGCGACGGCAUACAAAAAGUACGUCAGGUGCGCCGGCUGUGCUCAUUCACGUGCCGAACGUUGCAGUGCGAGGAGCCCUGUGCCCGGAUUAAGUGUUUAACGGCGUUAAACAAGAAAUUAACGGUAUCCACACAAUAUUGAAUUCGAAGAUUUUCGGUUAAUUGAUUAGCAUCAACGCUUGAACCGCAACAGUUGCAGCAGCUUGCAGCAGAGGCGGCAUUGAAAUUUGCAUCUAACGGGCCCUAUAAUUCAGUCACAACGUAUUCGCUAGGAGUUCUACGCCUACUCGGUUUGAGCUGUUUUAAUUUAGAUAGCGAAAAUGUGCAGAGAUCGCGAUAUGAGUUUGUCAUAGAUCAGCGCAAUCGUCAGUACAAGGUUAAGAAAAAAAUUAAACUGAUGCUAAACUGAAUGUCAACGGCCUGUCAAAGUGCGAGAGAGAGAGAGAGAGACAGCGAGAGAGCGCGCCUUGGACCAAUCAACAACAACAACAACAACAACUGCAACAACCAGGUCGUCUACUCACGAUCCAAGCUAAAAUACCAAAGUUAACAAUUUAAGCCUAAACAUCAGCCAUUUAGCUAAUUCAAUCAAUCGAUCAAUAAUCAAUCAAUCAAUCGAUCAAUAAUAACACCAAGCACAAGGAUCACCAAUUUGCAUGUGUGUGCGUGUGUGUGCUCGCCGGAGUGAAAAGCGUGAAAUGUGACUAUUUUUUCCACCCCCUCCCCCCCGCCUCGCCAACAACUAUUGACAAUUGCCUCGCACGCAGAACAGAGGCCAAGUGGAAGUUUAUCGAUUCUCGGAGUGCGUUUCCAAAUAACACACACACAUAUAUAUAAAUAUAUAUUUAUAUCAUAUUCGUAUUAUAACUGUUAUUACUAUUAUUACAAUUACUUUUAUUGUUCGUGCUUUGUGUUAAGUUUUGGAAAAACGUCGUGCAGCUGGCGAACGUACGUGGAAAAAUCAGCAAAAUUGAAGACUUUGCGAGAAAUCUUUGGAAGUCCGUUAAGGCUUGCGUUUGCGGCAUGCGACAUCCCACAACUGGCCUUAACGAAGACGACCUAAGUCGUCUCACUGGUUCAUCCUCCUCAUCAUCUUCGUCGAGCGCUUCGUGCGGCAGCGCCGCCUGCUCAUCCUCAUCGUCCUCCUCUGCCGCCUCCAGCGUGGCCGCCAAGCAGAAGCAGCAGCAGCAGCCGGAUAUUUGCGAUGUGGUGCAGCUCUCGAAUAUGGAGGCGACAACGCCACGUUUCAAUUCCACCUACCUACCCGAAAUCAUAAAUCCACUGGAAUGGCAAAAGUCACGGAAGCGCAAGGAGCGCCUGGACAGCUGCUCGGCGAGCAGCCAGGAUCGCAAGCUACAGCGCAGCAACAGCGAGGAGCUGCUCACCGAGCCGGAGCCAACAACAGCAGCAACAAUAGCAACUGGAGCAGCAACAACAGCUCCCAACACCCAAUUGAGGUCCUCACACUGCGAGGUCAUACGACGCGUCUCCUCGGAGGAUUUCAAGCGCACGGCCAGUUAUGCCAGCUAUUGCCAGGAGUUUGAGCGCGAUGCAAGCGCCGACUUGCCGGCAGAGAACAGCGAGCAGCAGGAGAACAAUGCGGCGCUGGCCAAUGUGACGCCAGUCAAUGGCAAUGCGGAGGCGCUCAAGGAUCGCGCACGUUACGAGACAAGUCCGGCGCGCUCCCAGCAGCAACAACAGUUGCAGCUGCAGCAGCAGCAACAGCAGCAGCGCGAGGCUAGCGAUGAUAGCGAGUGCGAGCAUGAGCGUCGCCGCAGCAGCGAACGCUUCUGCAAGUCGCGUCAGCCGCCGGUGCGCAAAUCCGGCGUCAGCAAGAAGCCCAGCACGGCUGGCAAGUAUCUGCCCUCCAGGCGGGACGAGCAGAGCGCCUACAAGUACGAUCUAUCCGCGCUCAAGUACGAGCGACGCGGCUUCAUCAGCAGCAAGAAACAGCAGCAACAGCAGCAGCAGCAGCAGCAACAAUCCACAGCAGCAACAGUUGCCGAUCACAACGACAACAAUCUAAUCGACUUCCAUCAGCAGCAGCAACAGCAGCUCCAGGCAAAGCACAGCGCCAGCAUCUCGCCCACGCCGACGACAAGCAGCUCGUGCAGCUCGGCAGGUGGCAGCGAUGACAGCACACCAAAUCCGGCGCCGAUCAAGGCUAAGCCGCCGCAGCGCCAACAGCAAACGCUAAAUCUGACCUCAGCACAGGAGUCGCUACCCUGGGAGCGCGGUGAUGAGCCGGCGCCCGUGCUGAGUCGCCGCUACGCCCAUUCGCGACAUCAUGCGGGCAACAUCGAUGCGGAUGCCAAGCUGGCCAAGGUGAUGCCGUAUCCGCAACAGCAGCCCAAACAGGCGGCCAGUGUGCAGCUGCUCGGCGAGGACAUGGACUGUCUGGAGCCCAUGGAUGCAGUGCGUGCGUUUAGCUCGCUGGAGAAUAUGCGCACACGCGAUGUCAUGCAGCAGGUGGUGCCCGCCAUGAUGGCCUUUCAGACGCCCGAGGAGCGCGUCAAGGCCAUCAAUCGACGCGUGACCGCGCUUAAAAAGAAACUCGUCCAGCUGGAGGAUUCGCUGGAGCAGCGGCUCGGCUAUCGGCCCUCGCAGGCGGAGCGUCUGAACGACAAGUACAUGAAGAACGCGCUCGCCGAGCUCAGCAAGCUGCGCAAGGAGCGUCACGAGCUUAAGACUGAUCCCAUUGCAGCCCUCGGCAUCAAGGUCGGCGCCAGCGGCUGCGGCGUCGGCGUCGGCAGCGGCAUCGCUGCCAGCGGCCAGGAGGCAGCCAAGAAACUGGAGCGCAUGAAGAACACCCUCAGCGAAAUCGAGCAGAAUCUCAGCGAGAAACGCACGCAGAACCAUCGUCCACAGCAGCUGGACGAGCUCACCUCCGACCAGCUGGUGCAGGAGAAGAGCGCCGUGCAGCAUGGUCUGCUGUACUUCGAGAGCCUCUACGGUCAUCCCAUCACCAAGGAGGAACGGGAUGCGGCACGUCCACUCUACGAUCGCUACAGGCAGCUGAAGCGUCUGGUUUCGCGCCACAUCAUGUUCGGCGGCUGUGCUGGCGUCCAUGAGCUGCCCACCAUACUGGAGCACGAGGCUAUGGUGUUCGAGGCAACAUCCACACCGCUGCAGUAUUCAUCGAACAAUAGCACCGAGACCACCAAUUCGCCCAGCGACUCCAUGGCGCCAAAUGCCCAAACACAGAAUGCUUCCUCCGAUGAGUCCACGACGACGACUACGACGACAACAACGGCAAAUGCGACAGAGACGCAGGCGGAGAACAUUGCGGCGCUCAGUGUGGAUCAGUUGUGGGAGCAGCUGGAGCGCGUGCGCGAGGAGAAGAUGCUGCUGAAGGCGACCAUACGCGAAUAUGAGUCCAUAUUCGAGGAACAGAAUGGACGCAAAAUGUUAAAGCCGGAUCGCAAAUCCCUUGAAACGGAAACCUAUGCCCAGUACAAGGAGAAGAAGGCAAAGGUGCGUCUGUUGCAGGCGCUCAUCAAGAAGCACAUCGGACACUAGACAGCGCCCCAUACACACACAUACACAUACACACACACACUCAUGCAAACUAUUUAUUUCAUACACGAGAAUUA